GACAUGUCAAAAGCAUCACCGCCAGUUUCCUUUUCGCAAAUUCAAAAUUGUAAAAAAUCCCAAUACUCCAUCCACUCUUCCUUUCCCUCUGGAAUCAACAAGAAAGGUCUGGACUUGAGUACCUGCACACAGCACGCAACACACGCACCUCACACUCACCUCACACUCCAUCAACAUACUUCGGAUUAGGUAAGGACCGUCAGGUUUUCGCGGAAAACUUUAUUUUGGCCUGAGGAUUCAGGACUCAACAAAAAAGACGAGGAUCACAAUCAACCAAAAUUGGGGACCAUUGCAGCAGUAUUGUACUCCACUUGGUGCUUUACAAAGUACUUGCAAUUCGUACAGAGUAUAUUGUACCUCUUACCCUUUUCCACAAAUUGCUACUCAAUCUGCCUACCUCCAAAACACCCAUUUCAUUCAAGGCCUGCGUUCGACGCAAGAGUCCCGUUCUAAUACUACCCAAAGCCAAUCUCGUUCGGCUUUUUACUUCCUGCCUGUUGACGCAUAACUUCACUUGGCGUACAAAGAUCCUCGUCCGACUCCAUACGACUGCAUCCAUCCCUCCCCAUUACAUACAUACACUUGACGAGGGCAGCGCGCAAUGUCCCAGUAGUAUCGAUAUCAUUGGGAUAGAGGUCAUCGCCAGGUCUAUCAUUUCGCGCCUAGGAUUCAUGAACCUGUGCAGACCAGGGCUUCACAGAGUCUCUACCACGUAAGGAUACACAGCGCACUCGAGAAGCCUUGCCUCUACAUUCAUAGAGGCCAUGCAGGCAAUAUCAGAACCCUUAUCUGCAAGUUCGCCGCCGUUCAUUCUCAAUUCAGAUAUGUCGGGAGCGGACUCUGAUCCCGAUUUUGAAUUCCUCGACAAUUCACAUUUGCCAUUUGAGGCAACCUAUAGUCCAAACAAUCUCUUCGAGGAAUUCUCACACGAUUCACCCCCAUACUACUCAGCAUAUGCAACGCCGAGUGCCGCCGGCCACAAAAGUCCCGAGCAGCCUUCCUUCAUCAACACGGCUGUAUUGGAGGCGCCCUUGUCAGCUCCAUCGACAGCCUCGCCGGCCGGAUCGUCCCAGAGCUCUACCUCCGAUUCGAUGGAAUAUAAUAGAAAAUCUAGUUCCGAUUCUUCUGGGUCUGCUCUAAACUCAGGGACUGCAAUGAUAGGUGACGAUAUAGAUAUGGGGGAUUGGAAAGGCGACGAUGUGAUCAAAGGGGAGAGUAUGUCGAGUUAUGGUGACUACGCUGGAAAUGGAACCAUUAAUCCUUCAGCGAUGGUUAAUAAUUUUGGGUUCAAUGAUAAGACCAUGGAGAAUGAUUUUGACUUUGACAGUGCGUCGAGUAGUCCAAGUCCUUUUGCAAUACCAAUGGACAUGGAAUCACCGGAAAUGCCGAUUAUAAAGCACGAUACCCCUCGAAAGAUAAUAUCACCAAUGGGUAGGAAGAAAUUCAGAAAUCAUAACAAAUCAAACUCUCAACAUUCGGUAGCUCACUCUACAAACGGAUACCAUAUCGGUUCGAGGGAAGUGUCGCCCCUGUCUGUAGCGUCGACAAGUCAGGCGUCGUCCCCUGCGCAUCAUAUGUUCACCAACUCACCCUCUCCCAAUGUUGGGCUUGAAUUUAUGCCUGGGGCGAUGCCUAAUGCGGCCCAUGGCCUUCCACCAUGGACAAAUAACAUGGAAAUACCUCAAAAUGUAAUGAGAACACAAGCUCUCUUUAAUCCCCUAUCAUUUCAAAACACACCCCAAGUCAAGGGUCGCCAGAUCUCGGGCGCGCCAUACACGAAACCGAUUUUGACAAUACAUCCCACACCAUUGAAAUCGCGAGUUGAGACUCAAAUUCCCAUUAAAAUGACGCUUUUCCCUGUCCCUCAAGGUGUUACCAAGCUUCACUUACCAACUCAAACGAUCUCCAAACCUAAACUUCUCGUUAAACCUUCACCGGAACGCUCACCCGAUACUUUGGAGCUCUAUACGAUGUUGGUAUGUUCUAGUGCAAUGGAAAACCCGGAAAUUCUUCGAAAAGCCUUAGAAAGAGCAGCAGCACCUGAAAUUUCGCCAAGUCAAUCUUCGGAGAGUGGAUCUGAUGAAGAGGAUGACAGGAAACCACUAAACGGAGGCGAGGUGCUGAUAUGUAGCGGUUGCAUUACGCGUGAGAGAAAACGGGCCGCCAGAAAGAAGGUAAAGAAGGUCGAAGAAGAAGAAUCAUGGCACAAAGACGAGGCUAAGCGAGUCAUUGUGUUCAACACUCAUGAAGUCAAGGAUUGGCAAUCACCAACAAGCCAACCUCCCUCGGAAGCUACUGGAGACAGACCUGAACCUAUCGUACCGGAUGGUGCUCUGCAAGUUGAUGCUCCCAUGCGAAUCGCAUGUUAUUGUAGGCACCAAAAUGAAAAGAUCGGGUUCCGGGUGAUAUUUACUAUCAAGGACUAUCAAGAUCGCCUGAUUGCACAAGCAAUCACCUCUUCAAUCAUGAUUACAGAUGAUCAUAAGACGCAUAAUUUAUUACCUAUUUCUGGACAGGCAUCUGGUGCGCCAGACGGACAGAUGUAUCCAGGUUCGACUUCAUAUUCGAAUGAAAGAAGCUACGAUAUGACUUCUGGUGCUGUUCCUAGCAUGCCCCCUUUCCGCAUUUCGCCAUCCACCUCGGAUCUUCAGAGUCUACCACAAAACUUCAUGCCGUACCCACAGCCAAUGAAUUAUCCGCCACCCAACCCGCCUCAAGCAAUUUCUACCACAAUGGCACCUCGACAUCCAUCGCCACAAGCAUCACCCUCGACUCCAUCCGGUCCUCCACUGUCCAAGAAACGUAAAGCCAGUGCUUCUGGUAAGGUUCCUACUGGUCUAGCAAUGACUAAAUUAGAGACGGGGCAACCAGCAAUGAAUAAUGGCCCUUUUGUUCCGGUCAGCGCCACCACUUCAGCUAUACAAUCACCAUUUACACCAAACCUUCCAAAUUUCUCAUCGAAUGAGCAGCCUUUUUGCCCACCAGCUCCAAUGCAAAAUAUCGCAACACAUUUCAGCACAGGACCUCCUACUCCGAAUGGCAAUGAUCAGAUAUUCAUUCCCCAUGGCCAUCGACCUCAACCAACAGAAAAUUUGGCUAUGCAUCAGCUCUACUCAGCGCCCCCUUCAGCGCAUCCCAGUCGUGCCCCCAGUCCGAAUGGUAUGCGCAAUAACGUUCAAAUCUACCAGCAGCAGCAGCAACAGCAACAAGCUCAUAUGCCCCAAGCUGUUGUCAAUGGAAUGUAUGGCAUGCCUCUGACUUUGAGUCCACAGCGGCCACCUGUGAUUCACAAACUGAUACCAAACGAAGGACCGAAGGCUGGUGGAAUAGAAGUAACCUGUUUGGGCAGUGGAUUUUGUCAGGGGUUGGAAGUCAUGUUUGGUGAUGCUAAAGCAACAACAACAACAUUUUGGGGCGAGACCUCUCUAGUAUGUCUUUUGCCCCCCUCUGCCAUCGCGGGAACCGUGCCUGUCACGUUUAAACACCAGCAUCAACAAAGGCAGCAAUAUCCAACACCGCCAAUGCCAAAGCAAACUGCAUUUUUCAAAUAUGUAGAUGAUGAUGAACAGCAAAUCAUUAGAACAGCGUUGGCUGUAUUAGGUCACAAGAUGACUGGCAAGAUGGAAGAUGUGCGGGAUCUUGCCAGAAGAAUUGUGGAUGGUCCUUGGGGAGCACCAUCAGGCCAAUCUCCGCCUAGCGGGAGUGGAUCCUCACAGCACGGUGGCGGAUUUAAUGCGGCAAGCUUUGGUGUUGAUGUCGAAGCAACGCUAUUGAGAUGUCUAGACCUUAUUGAUCUUGAUGACAGUCCGACUAAGCCGCGUUUCAACCUGCGCAGAACUUCCGGGCAAACAAUGCUUCAUCUUGCUUGUUCCUUAGGACUGCAUCGCUUCGUUGCCGCUUUGUUGGCACGAAACGUGAAUUGUGAGCCACGAGAUAAAGGUGGAUUUACUCCUAUGCAUUUUGCUGCUCUUCAUAACCAUCCGCAAAUCGUUCGGCGCCUCAUCCUUAGCGGUGCCGAUCCGUUGAUCAGAAGUCUCCAAGGUUAUGCUCCUGCAGAUAUGACAUCUUCUGAGGAAGUCCAUCGUGCCGUCCGCAGAGUAGAACAUCACUCAAGAACACGAAGUGGUUCUUCACUAAAGAGCAGAACAAGCAGCGCCACAUCAUUAAGAUCGUUAUGGCAGCCACCAACUGCAGAGAUACCCAAUGAAAGUGGCAUUAGUGAUAGCGACGACGAGGAUGACAACGAAUACGAGGACGAAGACGCUGAUGUCGAUACUGCUGAUGGGACAUUCCUGAUGCGAAGCAGGCAAUCUAGGGGAUCAACAUCAAAGAUCCUGAAUGAGACUAUUGAGAUAACUAAACCUGUCUUGGAUCUUCCCAAAGUUGAAGCAGACGAAGCAAUGGCCUCUCCAACAAUGGCUAUGACUGCAUUCAGAGAUCAGAUGUUCGCACAAUUUACACAAUUCACUGCUCAAAUGCAACACCUUCAGCAAACCUUCCAUAACAACAUGCAUCUUGGUCUUCCAAACCUACCUCAGAUGCCACAAAUGCCUACACUUGCAAACCUUCCAGAUUAUCAAGCUUAUCUACCAAGUCCCAUGGCCCGUCGUAUUGGCAGCCGCCCAGAAAGCCCCAAUCGUCAAGAUGGUGGUAAGGAACAAGGCAACAAAUGGUGGGAUCUUUUCUCCGGUAAUGCAGCUGCAGCACCACCUGCCUACGAAGAUAUAUUCCCACAAAAUGACAUGGACGUGAAACGGGCUUCUGCAGAACAAGCAGUCGCAGAUGCUAUUGCUGACAGUAAAUGCACUCAAGUCUUUGAUCAAAUAGGAAUGCAAGUUGGAACAACCACAUCUGUGGCACGUGCAGAAGGUUCGACCACUGCUACGCAAAGAAAGCCGAUGCCUAUGGGAACCCUUAGAAUUGGCGGGAAGGAGAUAGUUACCGUGGAGCAGCAGAACCAGAUACAAUUAUUACGCCAGGAGAAAUUGAAGAGGGUCAGGAGUGAUAGGAAGCUAUUCCUUAUCUGGAUUCCUCUCCUUCUAAUAAUGAUGCUCGCCACAUUUCACACUCGCAUUGCUACCGUUUGGUCUCAUGCAUCUUAUGUUUUCACUUCUCUUACAAAUCGAAACCAAGAUCACGGACGUGUGAUGGAAGUUUUAUAAUUUCUUACAAAACCACAACAUUUUCCACGGUCAUCCACGCUAGCUUUUUUUUUACGAUUUUUCAUUUUGUUUAUUCAUCUUACGUUACGUCGGUUACCCCUCGAUCGCCUUCACACUAGAAUUGACGGCCAAUCUAUGCUUUGUUUAUUAUGCGUUUUAGCGUUCAUGAUGAUUUGAUGGGAUGCAAUGGAAUGGAUUUCGACGGUGGUGCUGGUGCUGAUGGCUGGUUGGUUGGGGUUGAGGCUCGUUGGUUCCUGGGCUUUACCUGUACAGGAUAGUUAUAGGAAGUAUGGGUGGGUGGGUUGGAGGAUGGAAUGGGAAAAUAUGGUAUGAUGGGUGGGAGGAAGUCUUAAUUGUCAAUUUAGCAGACAUUUUUGGAAAGCGAGCACGUGAGCAAGCGUUACGCAUCAUACCAUGUAUUGACAGCACCGCAUCACACAGCGGAAUCCUUUUUUUCAUAUUAACAUUCGGAAUUUGUUUUCCUGAAUAGCCCAGGUAUUUUUAAUGUACAGAUGGAUGAAGAGAAAUUCGAUAUUUAUAUCGAAUCGAAUUAGGUAGCUAGUUAAGUAGGUAGUUAGAAAAGAUAGAUCGUGAUGCAAAUUAUAAUUGCGCCACA